CCGGACCGAUAUUCAGUUCAAUAUGAAACAAAUGGUAUUCCACCACAGUUAUCGGCUACUCCGUGAUCUAACGGCCAGUCAAUCCUUCCUAUGCAUGCACGGAUCGCGGUAUCAACAUGGAUCGAAUCACCUCAGCGAUGCCACCGACUAGCCACAUGCUUGCUUAGUCUGCUAUAUCACCGUCAAGUACUGUCACAACAAAAAAAAAAAAAAAAGCUUAUGGACAAUCCGAAUCCACUACCAGCCCAACAAGAUCCCACGAAAAUGUCCCACAAUGAUAGUAAACUAAAUUCAGAUGGCCGAUGUAAAUGCAAUAAUCCUGGAAGAUUUGUUUUCAAGCACAAGAAACAAUCAAACAACUUUUCUGGAGAGGUCAUGCAGUGUAAACAACGUUUCCCAAACACCCAAUUUCGCUUUGCCUGGCGUGGAGUAAUUUUGUGAAAGAAGAAGAAAGGGGAGAAAAAAAAAUGAUAUGGGAGUAUGCAAAUAGCGCCAGGAACACACAAUGCAAGAAACGGCGAGGUCAAUGCAACAAUUUGGUAUCU